CUCGAGAGGGAAAACGGCUGCAACCUCUCAACGCAUUUCCGGUUUCUCCCGGAAGGCCGCUCUGUGCUUCACUUAGUCUCCUCUCUCCCUCUUUGAGUCGGAGGCUUCCUACGCAUGCGCCCGGACUAGCUUCAAACCAUGAGAGUCUUAAUCGGUGGAGGGACUGGAUUUAUUGGCCGAAACUUAAGCCGGGUGCUAAGGAGCCAAGGCCAUGAAGUCACCCUUAUUUCUCGUCAACCUGGAAAGAACCGGUUAACCUGGAAUGAACUCUCCCGUGUAGGCCUCCCUUCCUGUGAAGGAGUGGUCAACUUGGCUGGAGUAAACGUCCUCAAUCCUCUUCAGAGGUGGAAUGAUGCCUUCCGUCAGGAGGUCAUUUCCAGCCGAGUAGAGACCACAAAAUCCUUGGCGAAAGCCAUCAGAGAUGCUGAACAUCCACCUCAGGCCUGGGUCCUUGUCAGCGGCAUAGGAUAUUACCGGCCCAGCCACACCACCAAAUACACUGAAGAAAGUCCCGGUGGAGACUUUGAUUUCUUUUCUCGCUUGGUGACCUCUUGGGAGGAAGCAGCUAAAAUUCCUAGUGAAGCCACUCGCCUAGUGAUAGUGAGAUCUGGAGCUGUCCUGGGCAAAGAUGGUGGCGCCAUUAGCCAGAUGAUAUGGCCUUUCCGCCUUGGACUGGGAGGCCCCAUCGCUACCGGACACCAGUAUUUCCCGUGGAUCCAUGUCGCUGACUUGGCAGGAAUUAUGACCCACGCGCUGCAGAAAGAGGGCCUUAGGGGCAUUUUAAAUGGCGUGGCGCCGUCUGCCGUGGACACCACCAACGAGGACUUUGCCCGAACGAUGGGGUCGGUGCUCAAACGUCCCGCCUUCUUGCCCCUGCCGGCUUUUGUAGUGAAAGCCGUUUUCAGCUCUGAGCGAAGCACCAUGCUGCUCGACGGGCAGCGGGUUGUCCCCAUGAGAACUCUCGAGAGUGGCUACACGUUUGCAUUCCCUGAUCUUCCCUCUGCUCUCCAGGAUAUUUUAGAUUGACCUGAGGAGGUGUGAAGCUGCAUGUCAACGUGUUUCCGUUUUUGUCUAAUACAUGCUGGGUAGGCGCAAUGCUCAGUCUUGUAAAUAGGUUGGCUUGUAAUGCCGUAGGUUUGUUUUGAGCACUGGAGUUUCCAAGUCUGGAAGUUGCUCUGUUCAAAAAAAGAUUGGCUUGUUCCCGAAGAAUAAAAUUUAUGUCAUGGUGGAAACGUUGCUGUGAGGAGAAGAAGAGUUGUUUACGGUGGUUCCACCCGUGAAUUGUAGAUUUGUUAUCUUUUCUUCUAGAACCGUGAUGGCGAGCUUUUGGCGUUCUUGCUUGCUGGCCUGCAUGCCAGAAGUGGCACGCGCAACCAUCCUGUGAGGUAUGCAUGGCCCCACUGGCCUUCGCGUGCAUGGGAGCGGCGAUACCCAGAAGAGCAGCGGUCCAUCAUGCUUGCACGAGCCGGCACUCAAACACCCGGAUACUGGCAUGGAAGCGCGCCCGACGAACAGCUAGCCAUUGCGCAUGCGCGCGACAUCAACCUGGAAGGUUGGGUGCUGGCCUGCGCAUGUGUGCCAGAACGCUGCUCUUCCGUGUUCCGCCGCUCCCACGCGCGCGACGGCCAGCUGACCGGCGCACGUUUGAUCACAGGAAUGGGGAAGAGGAGUUGGUGAGGCCAGACAUUCUUCGUGAGAUGCUUACGUGUGCUGCUUCCGUCACGCCAUAGAUUCGCUGACACUGUUCUAGAAGUUCUCUUACUUCAACGGUGAUCGGGACGGGCAGCAAAAUGUUAUAGUAUCUGUGAAACAACGCACCGGUCUUUGAGUGGAGAAUAUAGCAGUGGUGGAUUCCCACGCUGGGUGAACUUUUGAAUAUAUUUAAUUUGGGUGGCGGGGCGGUGCGGUGGCCUAGAGGUUAAAAUGCUGGGCUUGUCAUCCAGAAGGAGACACGGGAAGAGAAAACAAAGAUGCAGUGGUGUCAAAGGUGCUUUUUUUUUUUUUUUUAAAAAAAGUCAAUCAGACUUUUUCUGGUUUUCCUUGAAAACGUUUCGCUUCUCGUCCAAGAAGCUCCUUCGGUUCUGAAUGAACGGUUGAGGAUAGGAGGGUUUAUAUUCCUUGCAAUCACCUGGUCGUUAGCGCUCUUUUUGAGAGUCGUGGAUGCCACUUGGAGGUUUAUCUGUGCCCUCAGGGCCACCUCAGUAGUACAAAUGAAGAUAGAACAGUGCUGUCAAACUCGCGGCCCGUGGGACGGAUGCGUCACACGCUGGCCACGCCUAUGCCUGGUUUAGCAAAGGGGGGGAAAGUCGUGAUACAUCACGUGAUGCUGUGUUUUUGACACCCCUGGUGUAGAAUCAUCUUGGAACUGGUAAAAGGACUAUAUUGCAAACAGGAGAUAGGUGAUAUGGCAUCUUUUGAAAACAGUAAAGUCUGGACAGAGGGGACCACUGGUUCAAAAGAGGGGUCGAAGUGGCCAUCUGCGUUAAGAUUGAACAGCCGUCUCUCGACGGAGGAACAGUCUACAACACCACCUAUCUCCAGCUUACAACACAGUCCUUUCAGAAGGUUCCACACCCAUUUCCAUGAUUCAGGUGACCCUGGGUGCACAGAUAAACCUCCAGUUGGUCUCAAUGACUCUCAGAAAGAGCGCAAAUGACCAGAUGACUGCAAGGAAUAUAAACCCUUCCACCAUUUAGCCAGAACCAAAGGAGCUUCUAGGAUAGAUGUGAAACGUCUUCAAGAAAAUCCAUCUGAAAAAAAAAAAACUUUUGGGAAAAGCAUGGCCUGGAUGACUGAGAAUCUCCAUAGACAAGGAUGCAGAAAGGGGCUUUUCCAGAGGGGGACCUGGCAGGAAACCCUCCACCCCAUUAGCUUCAUUGGGCUCCGUAGCUUCUCAGUCAGAUUUUUACCCAAGGCCAUAGGUCUGCUCUUACUUAGGAUCUCUCACGCCCCAGUCUUUGAAUUAGCCCAACAUGUGAGGCCAUUGUGCGGUUUGCUUGUUUUUCGCUUUGUGGAAAUUUUCAGUAAAUCAUGGUUAAGCAAAUCAGA